ACUUUUGUAUUGAAUUUCGUGCUGAGUGCUUGUCCGCACAACGGUUACGCGUAAAUUUUUUCGAAAGUCUUUAAAAUUUGUGCCGAUAAAUGGUUAAAAAAAAAUAAAAUAAAAUUCCAAUUGUGCAAAAAGUGCAAGUAAAAUUAAUAUUUUUUGAAAAAUAGUUUCAUCGUAAAUUUGCAUGGCAAAUUGCAGUUAAAUGUCAAUAAUUAUCAAAUUGGUGAAUGAGUGAGUGAAUUUAUAUGAAUGCGAAUGGGAAGUGAAAUAGUGGAAAGAGAAGAAAAAUAUUAAUAAGAAGAAGCAUAUUGUAGCAACAAAUAUAAAGUGUGAGAUUACGAAGAGAAGAAAUUUAGAUUCAUUUGCAAAAGUGAAUGAAAUUAUAUUCGAGUUAAUUGAACAUGUCAAAAGUGUGAAAAUUUAUCAAAAUUAGUGCAGCAUUAUAAUACCAAUGUCUAAUCCAAAAAUAAAUAAAUUCAAUACCUGAUAAUACAAGUUUGCGUGAAUAUGUCUUUGAAAAUAUUUACAUUUGCACCAAAAUAUAAUAUACCAUGCACAUAUUGAGGUCAUACAUAGCAAAGUGGUGUUGAAAUCAAAGUGUGCGCUAAAGGGGAAAGUAUUUUCGUGCAUGUGUGCGUAUGUAUCUCUGCAAUACCCGCAGUGCAUGUAUCGCUUGUUGACCAGCAAACGAAAAAAACAAAAAUAAAAACAUAAACAGCUGCUGCGCUGGUCAUUAGAGCAGAACACUUGCAAAAGCCCAUAGGGCUCACACCGCUCACUAUUGGAUCGUCCUUGUGCAAGCAUAAUUAAGUAUUACUCGUGCUCCCCGCUGCGGACAGGUGGUGUGGUGUGCCUACCGAAAUAUUAUUUAUUCAUUUAUUUCAGUUGUGUGAUAACAGGCGUGCAUAAUUAACGAUUUCUCGUUAAAAAUACAUACAAAAUUUGAAAGUGAAAUUUUAAUUCACACAAAGUGUCAUAUAUUGAAAGUAGAAAUUUCUUUCAACACACAGUGUAUAGUGAAGAAGCGGUGUACCAGCCCUUACAAAUACAAAAUGAAAGUAAUAAAUAAAACUAAAUAAAUUACCUAAGCGUUUAUACUAUUAAGUAUAACGGUAAUUUGUGUAUACAAUCAUACAAGAAAAAAGCGUAAACGAAAACGCGAAAAAAUAAUCAUUCCAAGAUACAAAAAUAUACAACAAAACAAUUAGAAUUGAGGUGGAUCAGUGAGCUAAUGGCAGAGUGCCUGCAGUGCUAAAGUCAAAAGCGAAAAAGCGUGAAUAUCCAAAGAGCAUAGCAGCAGUGGAAAACAAACAGUGUGAGUAGCAGAAUCAGGCAGUCACCACAAUUGCAACAUUUUUUAGGUGUGUGUGCUCCACUCACCUACUUUCGCGCGUGUUGCUGCUUUUGUCCAUAGUAGUAGUAGUUGUGGUGGUGCCUCCCCCAACACCCAACAUUGAAUUGCUGCUAUCAACCCAAUAGCUACAGCAGCGUUGUUGUCGCGUGUUUCGUGGCUCUCCUCUUUGCCAAUCGUCACAUUUAUGAGUUCGGCUCUCGCGUUACGUAUCGUUAACUCUCGCUACUAUCGGUAUAUCGUCUUCUUCUUCGGUAUCAAAGUAAACCAACAGAAAAAAAUAUUUAAUUAAAUCAAAUAAAGUGAAGCUAAAUCGUUUGUGCUAGUCAACCGCGUUUUUCAUUGUAAAUAAUAAAUAAAUAAAUUUUCUGAGCAAUUAACACGAGCAUUGAGUUGCUUUGAAAUUAAUCAUAAACGUUGCCAAUUCAUUGAAAUAUUCAAAAUAUUGCUUGCUUCGUGCGCUGAAGCUCGGCGUGCAUGUGUGUAUGUGUGAAAAAGUGCGAGAAAUAUUGUCGUCUUUUAAUGCUCUGCAAUCGAAAAUUUUUUAUUGAUCGCCGUUAACAAAGAUGUGUGUGCGUGUAUUUAUAGUCAGUUAGUGCGUUCAUUUGGUAAAAUCGUGUAAAUCUCCUACCGCUUUGUUAGCGUUGUGUCGAGCAUCAACACGCAGCAGCAGUUCAUUUGCGAUGCCAUUGUUGUUGGAAUAUGAAGCGCUUGACUUUUGAUUCACAACAAUUAUUGCAUAAACAGAAAACAUUGUGUGUUGUAGUCUCUCAUACUCAAGUGUAAUUUGUGCAUUUAGAAUGGCUGCCGCUAGUGCUGGCCAACAAUUGCACCAGCAGCAGCAACAACAACAGCAACAGCUGAAUCAUCAGCAGCAACAACAACAACACGAUAUAAAUGUAAUUGGAUUGCGACAAUCCUUUCAGCAAUCAAUGAAACAACAACAACAACCGCAGCAGCAACAGCAACAGCAUGCACUGACAUUGCAGCAACAGACGGUGCUGCAGUUGCCACAACAACAACAGCAACAACCGAUGCAACAGCACAUACAAUUGCAAUUGCAACACUUAAAUAAUGGGCAACAGCAAAUGCUGCAGCACCAACAGCAGCAGCAACAACUGCAAUUACAGCAGCAUGCACAUCAACAGCAGCAGCAGCAGCAACAAUUGCGUGCUGCGAAAUUUACCACGCGUGUCGCUUCCAACUCGCCACUGUUCACGCAGCAACACCUGCAGGAGCAACAGCAACAAUUGCAGCAGCAGCAGCAGCAACAAUUGCGUGCUGCGAAAUUUACCACGCGUGUCGCUUCCAACUCGCCACUGUUCACGCAGCAACACCUGCAGGAGCAACAGCAACAAUUGCAGCAGCAGCAGCAGCAACAGCAACAACACCAACAACAUUUACAGCCGUCGCGGCAGCAGCAACAACAAAAUCAGCAACACGCGCUGUCGCAAACGAUGACCAGUGGUUUGGUUAACGGUGGUGGCACUGUAUUUGCUGCAAGCAAUGCUGCAACACGCAGUCAGCCAAUGAAUAUUUAUCAGCAAACACAACAAAAUAAUGCGGCAAUGCAGCAGCAGCAGCAACAGCAACAGCAACCGCAACAACGCUUGCAACAACACCAAACCCAACAGCACUCACUAAAAAUGAAUAAUAAUGUUGUGGCAGCGCCACCUACAAUUGCUUCACGUCAACAUAUUACCAUAAGCAACACCCCUACCACUCAUAAUGUGAGUGUUGGUGCUGCAUCUGCUGCCACUACGGCCACAACUACAAACUCCACCGUAGGGCAGCCAAGUGCUGUCAGCGCUACUAAUGCUAAUUUGGCACCGGGUUGGCGUAGACAGGCCAACAACGAUGAAAUCAUUUAUAUAAGCCCAACCGGUGCAACGUUGCGUACACAGUACGAAAUAAAGGAUUAUUUAUUGUCACCGGGUACCUGUAAGUGUGGUCUACCAUGUCCAUUGCGGCCGGAGUAUUUCUUCGAUUUCAAUGCUCAGGUUCCUAAUAUGCCACUGAAAAUGCCAACGCACGACGAAAACAGCUGCAUCGCGACUACCGCCACAAACACGAACGCCAACACACCCGCCUCAACGACGAAUACAUUUCGUUCGACGCCAACAUCUGUUGCUACAAGCUCAGCGUUGACGGCGUCCCUCUCGCCGUUCUCCUUCCCAUCAACAGCCUCGCAGUCCUCACAAUCGUCCUCGUUGUCGACGUCUGCUUCGUCAGCGUUGGGGUCGUUGUCAUCAUCCUUGGAAUGUUUGCAUCAGCAACGUUUUCUCGAAUCGCGGCAAUUACAUGCACAACCGUUGGAUGUGUCCUCGGCGCAAACAAAAGACAUUAAACUUGGCAAAAUGGCCAACACUGGCAUCGCAGCGUCGUCUCCAAUGCCCGCAGCUGCCAAUAUGAGUGCAACAAAAGCAGGCAACACGAAUGUACAACAACAAGCUAGUCAAAACCCUAAUAAAAUGAUGCCGCCUGCACAGGUGCAUUAUCAGCAGCAACAACAGCAACAGCAAAAUGUGAUAAAGAAUGUGACAAACAAUGCAGACAUCAAAAUAAAACAGCAACAGCAACAAACGCCCAAUUCACUUAACGCAGACAACAAAAUGUGGCGCAAAGAUGCUGAACGUGUGCCACCAUUGCCGCAAGCUGCUACUACAACAACAAAUGCGAUAACCACGAUUGCUGGCGAAGAAAACAAUGUGGCAACGCCCACUUGGACGACCGCAAGCGGCGGCAGUGGCAUGAGCCAUCAACAAAACACAACGCGCUACAUAAAGCGCUCCCCCGCCUCGCCGGUGAAGAAACAGCAGCCGAAUUUCAAAGAUGAUCCCACAGGAUACCUGCAGCAGCAGACAGCGCUGCUACACAGCUCAAUGAUGAAUGUUGCCAUGGACGAAGACGACGAGGAAGACGAGGAAGAAGAAGAAGACGACGAGCUCGAAGAUGCCGACGCAUGUGCUGAGGAUGACACAGAAAUGGCGGAUGAUGGGGAUGAUGCAGAAGACACUGAUGGCUAUGAAAGUGUGUCUGAGGAAGAUAACCAGAUUAAGCUGAGGCAUGUGGCAAGUGGCAACAACAGCAUUGCCAACGGCAACGUCAAUAUAACAAUACAACAAAGCGUCCAGCAAGAAACGACAGGCACUUCAAUUGCUGAUAAGAAACCACAAGGCACUUAUACCAAGAAAGUUUAUGUGCAGAAUGGUGUGGCACACUAUCAGACACAAAUACAGCAGCAGCAGCAGCAGCAGCAUCAGCAGCAGGAGACCACGUUUUACCGACCACAACAACAGCAAGCGCAACAACAGCAGCUACAACAACGUAAAACUCAACAAAUCGGCGCUCAACCACAGCAAAUUAUUGUCACUGCUAAUCAAGUACACGUUCAGCAGCAACAGCAGCAGGCGCAACUACAACAACAACAGCAAAACCAACAGCUAAAGCAAAUGAAUCUGGUUUCCAUCAACGGUCAACUGAUGGUGCCCACCUCAAUGGCUGCUGACGGGGGCACAAACUUCACGCUCACUUUGAAGCCUCAACAACACCCACAGCAACAGCUGCAACUACAACAACAGCAGCAGCAACAACCACAACAAAUACAACUCAUGCAGCAGCAAAACAUGGUUUUCAGGCAACAGCAAACGCAAUCACAGCAGCAAUCGCAGAAGCCAACCGCUCAAGAAUCGCCGGUCUCCUCAAGCACCGCCUUUGCGCGCUCCACACCCGAAUCGCAGCGUCAUACACCAAGGCCAGAGCAGGUCGGUGCCAUAUCAACAAGCAAUGAGAGUCCAUUGCCAUGUCCAUCUCCAGCCGAUUCUGUCGAGUCGGGCAGCUCACGCGCCUCUUCCUCCAAAAUGACCGCCUCGCCAUCGCCAAUGCAACAGCAGCAACAACAAAAACAAUUGCAACAACAACAACACACGUCGCAUGCCAACUCCAAUCAGAUGAUCCAAAUGCGUGUACAACAACAACAGCCACAGCAACAACAACACACACAGCAGAUACGCAUUAUACGUCAGACACCACAACAACAGCAUCAGCAACAGCAGCCACAACGCAUAGCGCUUGCGCGCAAUACGUUGACAUCCAUUGCCGCUAGCCGUGCCAUUACAACAACAACCGCCACUACAACUACAGCCGCAACAACAACAGCUGUCACAGUUAGCGCCAGUCAACAGCAUUCAGAGACGCUUGCACCGCCGCCACAACCGCAAAAGUUGCAGACCACAGUACAGAAAUCCAACAACACAAUUCCACUACAACUGCCCACAAGUCAAAUCAUCAUGACCUCCACGGGACAAUUGAUUGUUAUGCCGACAAAUGGCAAGCCCACUGCGCAAUUGCAGCAGCAACAAGCGCAAGGCCAGCAGCAACUGCUGAUCACCACAGCUGCCAAUAACAAUGUCGCAGGCAGUGGCGCUGGACAAACGACAACCGGCAACGUUAUCAUCCAACAUCAGCACCACCCACAGAACCAGCUGGAAGUACUUGGCGGUCACCAGCAGCUGACCACCGCGAAUGGCAGCAUCAUACUGCAAAAUGGACAACAGCAUCAACAUCAAGGUGGCUAUAUUGUAGGUCAAGCCACCACCGCCGGCGCCACAACGACCACUGCACAACUACAGCCCGCCACAGUUAUUUUAAAUUCAACUGGUCAGAAUAUACUAACCACAAGUAAUGGCACAAAGGUGGCGUUGGCGACAACUGCCAACACUGGCAAUAUCAUACAUGCUGGCGGUCAGCAACUAAUUGCCGGCAAUCAACUGCUGACCACCACACAGAACGGCGCUACGGCUACAACCGGUCUAUUGCACGGCCAACAAGCGGUCGUCUUGAAUACGCUGCCCAACGGUGGUUACGUUAUACAACAGCAGCAGCAGCCUGCUCAGCAGCAAUUUGCCACGCUAGAUGGUCAGGUGGUAAGUCAGAUUGUUCAACAGGCCGAUGGAACUACAGCCUACGUACAACAAACCCAACAGAGCCCACAGACGCAGCAGCAAACGCAGACACAACGCAUUAUCAUCACAUCGCCGGAUGUGAAGAGACGUGCGAAGAAACGUAAGAACUCCACUGGCAGCGUCUCGCCUGCCAACACGCCCACCACCAGUCUUUCGCCACAAAUUUCGCCAACUAUACCCAACCAAACAGCCAUUAUACAGCAGCAAGCCGCUGCUGCUGCCGCCGCUGCAGCUGUUGCCGUACAACAACAGCAGCCACAACCACCACCACCGCCACAGCCGCAAGUUGUACAAAUCGCUUCGGCUGCACCACAGUAUCAGCAACAAUUCCAACUUAGCCCUGGCAUACAGGGCAUUGUGGUCAAUAAGCCAGCUACCGCUACAGCGACACAACCACAACAAAUCAUCUUACAGAAUGGCCAAAUCAUACAGCCAAUGAAUCUCAUUGGGCAGCAAUUAAUUGUGCCCACCGGUCUGGUGAUGGCACCCGACACCACAUUGCUGCAAAUACAGAAUGUGGGCGCUUGCGGGCCGAGCAUACUCACCACCACACCGCAGGGCACAACAAUGAUGUUGCGCACACCCUCACCCCAAAAUAAGCAGUUCAUUUCGCCCACGGCCACCGGACAGCAAUUCAUUGUCGGCAGCAAUGGGCAAUUGAGUCCGAUCGGACAAAUUUAUUCGACACCAAUGGGUUUGGUUAUGCCGACGGCACAACAGCAAGCCGGCACAGCCACGUACGUGCAACAGAAUGCGACCAUACAAGUGCAGCAACAUCCACAAGCACAACAGCAGCAGCAACAACAGUCACAGCCGCAGGUGCAAGUACAGCAGCACGUGGCAGCACAACAGCAGCAACAACACCAUCAUCAUGUAGCUAUUCAACCGGCCACGGCCGCAAUGCAGCAGCAACAACAACAGCAACACUCAAAUCAACAACAACAACAUAUAACCAUGCUGAGCUCUGAGCACAUCGUUAUGGAAUCAGCCACGUCGUCUUCGUCAGCAACCACGUCAUCGUUGUCUUCGUCAAGUCGCGGUGGUCAGCGUUCGGCGGCAGCCAGUCCACCGGACACCACCACCCAUAGCCCACGUAGCCCAGAGCGCCCGCCCAGUCAUCGGAGUGGUGGCAGCGAUAUGGUACAAUGUGUAUCCAGCUCAGAACCGGAUGGUGCCGCCUCGCCACAGAGUGCUGACAGUCGGCAGUCUCCAUCGACCACGGACGCCGAGAAAGGACUUGUUAUGUCAAGCGCAUAUCAAACCACAAGCAUAUACAAGCCGUCAGAAGCGAAAAUACGACGCGUACAGACACCGCCGCAGAGCGUGGGCGCAGGUGGCGGUGUUAUGAAUGCCGGCGGUGGAGCUGGAGCCGGUGGCGUGGGCUUUACCAUCACCUCAGCCGCAACAUCUACAGCUUUGGCCACUACACUUCAGCUACAGCAGCAACAACAACAACAGCAGCACCAUCAACGUCAGCACCAACAGCAGCAGCUGCAGCAACAUCAUUCUCUCCACCAGGACAUUGUAAUGAAGCCCGAUUCGCACGAGUCACCAAGAAACUCGCCAACAACCACAACCAAAACCACACCACCACCACCAGCCACACUUACAACCAACAACCUAGGCAACCGUAAAUCGCCACAAAAGUCGCCAAACAAACUGUUACGCGCUCGUGCCACACGCACCACACGCACCACGGCCACCAACAUCGCAGAAUUGGCUGCUGACAGCACCGCGGUGCCGGCAACAACACACAUCACAACAACAGCAGGGGCAACGGUGGCAACAGCAACACUCACGUUUGCAAUUGGUGAAUUGAUUUGGGGUCCAUCGCGCGGUUAUCCCGCCUGGCCGGGCAAGGUGGUGAAUGUGGAAACGGAUGAGCCAUCACAAACCGCUAAUGGUGAACCAGCUGUUUGGGUGCAAUGGUUCAGUGGUGGUGGUCGUAUCAUAACCGAAUUGAUAGCGAUCACUUCGUUACACAGUCUGUCUGAUGGUCUGGAGGCGCAUCACAAAGCGCAAAAGGAUACUAGAAAGAGCCGAAAAUUGAAUUCACAACUCGAGCGUGCCAUUCAAGAAGCAAUGACCGAAUUGGAUCGUAUUUCAGCUACUUCGACAACAACAACAUUUGUGAACGCAACAGCCGCCAAUAAGCAAUUGCAGCAGGCAACCGCCUCGUCGACCACAAGCACAACGCUCAACAACAACGCGAACAGUCCAAAUCGCAAUAAGCGCCACAGCAACACCAUGCAGCGUCUACACAAUAACAACAAUAACCACAAUAGCAGCACUGGCAGCGCUGCGGCAGCCACAGCCAACGGUGGUUAUGCAAUUGUGCCAACAUCUGGUGGACCCACACACGCCAUAUCCACCACCACCAGCGCGCAGAACAGCUUCGGCGCACCACCACCAACAACAGCAACAGCACCACGCAACAAACCAAUACGCAUAGCGCCAGCACCGGCACCCACCGGCACUUCACCCAACAAAGCAACAGCCGGCACUGCAGUGGCGCUCAACCACGCGCAGGCGCAGUCGGCACAACAAGCCACCACGCAACAGCUCUCGGCGCUGGGCAAAUGACACGGGGAGUCGUGCGCACAAGUCUCCUGGUCCAUGCAAACCUACACGCUUGUCAUACACAACAAAUAGCUGAUGGGCGGCGCCGUUAAAGAUGCGGAGCAAUGAGUGGUAAACGCCGGCGAAGAAGCUUGAGCCCAGCAGUGACGGUUUUAAAGGAAUUGAGCAACGCAUUAUGGCACACAUACAUGUAUGUAUGUAUGUAUGUGGCGUUUACGCAUGAAUGCGUAUAAAAAUAAUCAUAAAGAAUAUGAAAUAUGAAAAAUAAAAUAUAUUUAUAUGUAUUUCAUAAACAUUCAAGUUGUUUGUUACGGCUUAAAAAAUAAUGUAUGUAUUUAGUACA